AUGGCGUGGCUCAAAGAUGGCCUGUCAGGCCUGCGCUCCGUCGCCAAAAGAGCUGAUGAUACAUCUGCCGCUCCCACGAGUCUUUCGGGCUUCCUCUCAACUCUCGUCCCAGCGCUGAUAAUCGCCGGUGCCAUGGUCCUGGCCUUUAUCAUCCUCCGCAGAAUCUACCGCCGUAACUACAUGCCUCGUACCUUUCUACCGACCCUACGCGACUAUGAACGAACUCCAAGCUCUCCCACCGGUCUGUGGAACUGGAUCAUCGCCAUGUACAAAAUACCCGACACAUAUGUGCUCCAGCACCACUCUUUGGACGCCUAUCUUCUGCUACGUUACAUGAAAUUGCUCGUGGUCAUGACUUUUGUCGGCUGCUGCAUUACUUGGCCUAUCCUAUUCCCGAUCAAUGCGACUGGAGGUGUCGGCAACUCUCAGUUCGACGUUCUUUCCAUGUCUAAUGUGAAGAACAAAGCGAGAUAUUUCGCCCACGCUUUCGUCGGUUGGAUCUUUUUUGGCUUCGUGUUCUUCUUGGUGACCCGCGAGAGUAUCUUUUACAUCAAUCUGCGCCAGGCUUAUGCUUUCUCUCCGGCCUAUGCCAAUCGUCUUUCCUCCCGAACCGUCAUGUUUGCGUCUGUUCCUCAGGACUAUCUAGAUGAGAAGAAGCUGCGUCGCAUGUUUGGCACCGAUCGUGUGAAGAACGUUUGGAUCGCCACCGAUACCAGCAAACUGGAGGAGAAGGUCAAGGACCGAGACGCAGCUGCUAUGAAACUGGAAGGCGCUGAAACUUCGUUGAUUAAACAAGCCAACGUCAACCGUACCAAGGCGUUGAAGAAGAACGCCAACGCAGACGCGCAAUUGGAAGCCACAGGUGACCACACCGAGUCGGGAUCUGUCGCAGCCCGCUGGGUCAAGCCCAAGGACCGUCCUACUCAUCGCUUGAAAUUUUUGAUUGGAAAGAAGGUUGACACUAUUGACUGGGCCCGCGCUGAAAUUGAACGCCUCAGCCCUGAGAUUAAGGAGGAACAAGACAAGCACCGCGUUGCUGACGCGAAAAAGGUCUCUGCCGUGUUUGUGGAAUUCUACAACCAGAACGAUGCUCAAUCCGCAUAUCAAUCUGUCGCGCACAACCAGCCCUUGCACAUGGCUCCCCGAUACAUUGGUGUUGAUCCCACUCAAGUUAUCUGGUCUAACCUCCGUAUCAUGUGGUGGGAGCGCGUCGUUCGUAACUUUGCUACCGUCGCUUUCAUCUGCGCUCUGGUUGUCUUCUGGGCUAUUCCCGUCGCCUUUGUUGGUGCCAUCUCGAAUAUCGAUAGCUUGAUUGCCAAACUCCCAUGGCUCGGCUUCAUCAACAGUGUUCCCACCUUCAUCCGUGGUGUCAUUACUGGUCUUUUGCCUUCGGUUCUGUUGUCUGUUCUUAUGGCUUUGUUGCCUAUCAUCAUUCGCUUGUGCGCGAAACUUGGUGGUGCCCCAACAGCAGCUGCAGUUGAGCUGUGGACUCAGAACGCCUACUUUGGUUUCCAGGUCGUGCAAGUCUUUUUGGUCACGACACUUUCUUCUGCGGCAUCCGCCGUGGUCGAGGAGAUUAUCCAGAAACCCACCGACGCCGCAAGCUUGUUGGCUGCCCAUCUUCCUCAGGCCGCCAACUUUUACGUUUCUUAUAUCGUCCUCCAAGGCUUGACCUUUACUUCUGGUGCUUUGCUUGGCAUUGUCGGCCUCAUUCUCGGAAAGGUGCUCGGAAAGUUCCUCGACAAGACUCCUCGUAAAAUGUACAAGCGCUGGAUGAGCCUGGCUGGUUUGAGCUGGGGAACUGUCCUCCCACCCAUGUCUCUUUUGGGUGUUAUUGCUAUUACCUAUUCGAUCAUCGCUCCUUUGGUCAUGGGUUUCGCUACCGUCGGUCUUUACCUUUUCUACUUUGCUUUCCGUUACAAUUUGCUUUACGUGUCGAAUGCACAAAUCGAUACCCAAGGACGUAUUUACGCUCGUGCACUUCAACAUCUACUCGUUGGUGUGUACAUUGCAGUGGUCUGUCUGAUUGGUUUGUUCGCCAUUGCUGCUGCUGACCAACCCAUCGGCACCGGACCUCUUGUUUUGAUGAUCAUCUUCUUGAUCUUUGCAAUUCUAUAUCAUGUAUCUCUCAACGCAGCAUUGGGUCCUCUCCUCAACUACCUCCCCAAGAACUUGGAAGCUGAGGAAGAGUCUCUAUUGGCUGAAGCUCGCGACAAGAUCACACCCACCGCUUCAGACAGCAUUGAUGUUCCUGUUGAAAGUGCAUCCAAGGAGCACAAUGGCUACCACGAUGGUGUUGACACUGCUGAAAAGGGCACCGCUGUCCCUCACCCGUCAGUACUGCCUGCUCCCCACAAGAAGCCCAAUUUCUUCACCAAGUUCCUUCGUCCGGAUAUCUAUGCCGACUAUCCCACUAUGCGCCGACUUGUCCCUACCCACAUCGAGAUCCCCGAAUACCCAACUGAAGUCGAGCGCGACGCCUACUUCCAUCCUUCCAUCACCUCGAAAGUUCCAUUGUUGUGGGUUCCCCGCGACGAGCUGGGUGUCAGCAAGCAGGAAGUUGAGCACACGUCUCGCGUCAUUGACAUCACGGACGAAGACGCCUUUAUUGACGAAAAGGGUAAUGUGCAAUGGAACAGCGACACCGUUCCUCCUAUCUACGAGGAGAAGAUCUACUACUAG